GCUCUCUGGGUACCCCAAAGAUCAGACAGCUUUUGGUCACAGUUUGACAUGAGUGAAAAAUCAUUGAAUCCAUCCAGGAGAAAAAUUUGGCAUCGUCCAGGCACAUGGUAAAAGGUUUAGGAUCUGCUUGGUCGAUCUCCACCAUCAGAAAAUCCAUCAGGGUGAGAGACCCCAGAGAUGUCCUGUCUGCAGAAGAUGGUUUAGCGACAGCUCGGAUCUGAUCCAACGGUGACACCAUCACACAGGCACCAUGUCCUACACCUGCCCUGACUGCAGGAAAGGUUUUAGCAGGAGAUCCAAUUUUAUCCAGCCUCAAUGGAUCCAUAUGGGUGAGAAACCCUUUAAAUGUUCCAAGUGUGGGAAGGAGUUUACCCAGAAUUCCCAUUUAUCACAGCAUCUCCGCAUCCACACAGGAGAGAGACCCUAUAAGUGUCUGGAGUGUGGGAAGGAGUUUACCUGGAGUUCCAGUUUAUCAGAGCAUCAACGGAUCCACAUGGGGGAGAAAACCUAUAAAUGUUUUUGUGGGAAGGUUUUUUCCCACAGUUCCAAUAUAUCAACACAUCAUCGCAUCCACACAGGAGAGAAGUUGUAUCCCUGCACUCACUGUGGGAAGGUCUUCAACAUCAACACCUCCUGGAUUCGUCACCAGCAUGUCCACACUGAGGAAAAACUCUACACGUGUCCCUGGUGUGGGAAGGGCUUCCCAGCCAGCUGGGGUCUCACCCAACAUCUAGGGAUCCAUAUGGGUGAACGUCCCUACAAGUGUCCUGAGUGUGGGAAGAGCUUUGCCAGGAGCUCUGAUGUCAUCAGGCAUCGUCUCCUCCACACAGGAGAGAAACCCUACUCGUGUCCCCACUGCUGCAAGAGCUUCAGGCGAAGCUCCCAUUUGCUGAAUCAUCAGCGCCUCCAUAGGGGUGAUCGACCCUAAAGCUGCUCCCAGUGUGAGAAGAGUUUUUACCAGAGCUAUGAUCUCAUCUCUCAUCACCAGACCCACCAGGCCACCGCUUUUUCCAAGCUGUAGAUUUUCCAAGCUUCCACAUCUUUAGUUUCUUUGAAAACAAACAAGAUAAAAGAAGGAAGUGAUUAUCAUGAUG